AUGAAUUCUUUCCUCUUUCUUGAUUGCAUUCUCUUCGUUGCAGGCAUCUAUUUUCUUCAACGUAUAAUUUCCAAACGACGCUCCCUACCUCCUGGCCCUCGCGGCCUUCCUUUGAUUGGCAAUGUCUUCGACAUGCCCUCCGACCGCCCUUGGCUGACCUUUGCUAAAUGGGCAGACACCUGGGGCGAUGUCUGUUCACUCUCAAUGUUCGGCCAAUCCUUCAUCGUUCUUAACUCUCAUCGCGCGGCCUAUGCGCUCCUCGACAAACGAAGCGUCAUCUACUCUGAACGUCCCAAGAUGGUGAUGGCUGGAGAGCUUAUGGGCUGGAACGACAUAAUCGGUCUGGCUCCUUACGGAGAAACUUUCCGUUCGCACCGUAAACUCCUUCACUCCGUUCUCGGUAGCAAGUCGGCGAUUCGGACUUUCUACCCCAUGGAAGAGCAGGAGGCCGUGAACCUCAUGAAGCGGCUGCUCGAUUCACCAGAAAAACUGCAUUCGCACAUCUCACAGGACGUUGCGGCCCUGGUGCUUCGCAUCACCUAUGGUUACGAGGUGAAAAGUGAUAACGAUGAAAUGGUGGCGCUCGUAAACUGCGCGAUGGAAGAGUUGUCAGUCGCUUCCACGCCAGGUCAAUUCCUAGUUGACAUUAUUCCAAUGUUGCGCCAUAUUCCUGAGUGGCUACCUGGAGCAGGCUUUCAGUCGAAAGCCAAGCAAUGGGCGCAAGAUUUGCGUAACAUGAUCAACGUGCCCUUUGAAAUGGUCAAGCAGAACAUCGCCAACGGUGAAGCUCAAGAAUCUUUCGUUUCAAACCUGCUUCUUCAAAAUGACACUAAACGUGUGCAGGAGCACGAUCUGAAGUGGGCGGCUGGAGCAAUCUAUGCAGCGGGCGCCGACACAACCGUCGCAGUCCUCGACACAUUCUUUCUUCUCAUGAUGCUUUACCCUGAAGUCCAGAAGAAAGCUCAAGCCGAGUUAGAUUCCGUACUUGGAGGCGACCGGUUGCCGUCGUUCGAUGACCAGGAGGAUCUACCGUAUAUCAAUGCUCUCUGCAAAGAGCUUGUGCGAUUUCACCCUGUCGCCCCGAUAGGCAUUCCUCACGGUACCCUUGAAGACGAUGUUUUUGAGGGUCAUUUCAUUCCAAAAGGAUCCGUCGUGUUUGCCAACAUAUGGGCAAUGACACAUGAUCCAGAAGUGUACAAAGACCCGAUGACUUUCAACCCUGAACGUUUUCUUGGUCCCAGUCCCGAACAAGACCCCAGAGAAAUUAGUUUCGGAUUCGGUAGACGCUUGAAUGUCCUCCACGGGUCAUUUCAAGAUAUUGAUAUAUUGCUCCCAGGACGUCUGCUGGCGCAAGCUACUAUGUACAUUGUCUGUUCGAUGGCGCUCGCCUCAUUCGACAUCUCAAAAGUGAAGGGUGACGAGCCCGUGUUUGACCCCACGCACGGAAGUGUCAGUCACCCCGCACCCUUUAAGUGUAACAUCACACCUCGGUCAAUACGAGCAGUGGAGCUUAUCGCACGGCACGACUUCUAA